AUGUCUCCAACACAACCAACAAAUGAACUCACUAAGGUAGAUCCGAUGUCCAAACCAGCCAGACUUCAAGUGGAUCCCGCAACCAUUCCUGAUUCAGACAAACCACCCCAGCUGGGAACCACAUUCAACAUCUGGUUUCUCAAGUGGUCAGGAGGAGACUCAAGCACACGGUCUUUCACCCAACUGAAAUUCAAAGUUAACAUCAAACGAGACUCGGGAUAUACCAAAGCACAAACUAGAUCACCCAUCUGUCUCUUCUUUGCCCGUGGCUGUUGUUAUCGUGGCAAAUCGUGUCCAUAUUUCCAUCGAUUGCCGUUACCUACUGAUUAUACUCCUACUACCCAAGACUGCUUCGGUCGUGACAAAACAGCCGAAUAUCGAGACGAUAUGGAUGGAGUAGGAUCUUUCAAUAAAGUAAAUCGUACGUUGUAUGUAGGUGGAUUGUACAUCAAGCCAGGAAUCGAAGAAGUGAUUACGAAAUUCUUUCUGGAAUUUGGUGACAUUGAAAAGAUUAAAGUGAUACAUAAUAAAUCGUGUGCUUUUAUAACUAUGAGAUAUGAGAGUUCAGCACAGUUCGCUAAGGAGGCAAUGCAAAACCAAUCAUUGGGUGGCCAGGAAGUGUUGUAUGUACGAUGGGCCAAUGAAGACCCAAACCCAGAAGCACAAAGACACGAGAAGAGGAGGUUAGAAGAAUUAGCCCUCGAAACUGUUAGGAAUUUGUUAAAUUCGACAACAGAUCAAGAUAGCAACCCAACCAAAAGAACUAAAACUGUCACAGUGGAAGAACCACAAGAAGAAGUAGUCGGAGUUGAACCAUCAAUAAAAACAAUUGAGGCUCUGGAAGUACCUUCCAAUGAACUGAAACCGAUAUUGAGCAACUCCACUUUAAAAAAAGUGGCGAAAAUUCGCAAUACUCUAACAGUACAUAAAGAGAUAAAGUCCACAAACGAGAACUUAUCAACUGUGUUAGGAGGUUACUCAAGUGACGAAGAUGAUGAGGAAGAACAAGAUGGUGACAAAUAA